AUGUCUACGCAUCCCUCAGUCUCCCUCCUCGCGCUGCUUGUAGCGAAACCGCCAAAGCCCGAUCAACCUGAUUCUGCCCUCCAGUUAGAAACUUUACUGGAAGAUCACAAGCGGUGUUUGCAGCAGCUGGGCACCGCACCGCGCCCACCUCAUCUCUACACCAAAGAUGUCCGAUUGAUGGCCAUCAUAAAUGCGGUUGAAGCUGAACAGGGGCAGUCGGAUAAGCGCAGAAAGAAGGAACCAGCCACUGCCACAGCCAAGGCGGACAAGUUGAGAAACUUGUCGAUUCAACGAAAACCAGCCCGAAAGAGGCAACACCAGCAGCCAACGGCCGGUGCUCAGCGCGGAAAGCACGUCGCAUCUCGGUGCGUCUUUCAUCUGUUUGCCAAUUCUGUCAUCUAUUUUUUGUUUGUUUUAAGUUAA